AUGCCGCCCAAACAAACAACUGGGGCUGGUCGUGGCAGGCCAGCCAAAGCCAGCAAAGCUCGACCGCCUGCUCGCGAUGCCUCGGAGUCUAGCAACCCAUUCGAGUCUUCCGAUGAUCAGGCAGAAGAAGCGAACCAAACAAUCAACGUGGAAGAAGAGCCAGAGCCAGAAAAGCUAAUCCCGAAAGCCCUCCUGACACGGAUUCUCCACGAGCUGUUCGCCAAGGAGGCUACAAGAAUGUCGAGAGACGCCAAUGCAGCGGUAGGCAAGUACGUGGAUGUGUUCGUCCGAGAGGCGAUUGCGCGAGCGGCUGUGGAAAAGCGAGGCGGGUUUCUAGAGGUCGAGGAUCUGGAAAAGGUCGCGCCCCAGCUGCUGUUAGAUCUCUAA